AAUUGCCUGCCACUGUACUCAUCGGUAAAUUGGCCGUCGGAGAGGCGGAGAAGAAGAACAUGGCUGCUUACGAGAUAAGGGUGCUCUCAAAAUCAAAUAUUUUUAACAGAAUCUGCUUAGUGGAGGCUGGGGCUGUAAGAUGGCUACUCUGUGUUCUGUCUUCACUAUCCGAUCCUUCACUGCAAGACAACGCAACUGCAGCUCUGCUGAAUCUCUCAAAACACCACAGUGGCCGGACCGACAUCUUCGAUGCCGGAGGUAUCUCGCUGGUGGUCCAAAUCAUGAAGUUUGGGCACAAAAUUGAGGCCCAGAAGAACGCUGCCGCCAUUCUCUUCUACCUCUCUGCAAUGGGUGUGCAGGCAAUCGCAGAACUACCCCAAGCCUUUCCUGCUCUCGUGGAGCUGCUAAAAAAUGGAACAUACAGAGGAAAGAAGAAUGCAAUCGUCACCAUCUAUGGGCUGCUCUUGUUUUCCGGCAAUCAAGCUAAGAUUUUGGCGGCGGAUACGGUGGCGGUGAUCGCUAAACUUCUCGAAGAAGAUGAAGAAGAUCUCGUGACAGACUGCGUUGGUGUUCUAGCUAAGAUUGCAGAAAGACCAGAUGGGACCAAUGAGAUUCUCAAGACCUGCGUUUUGGGUCAUCUUGUUCAUCUGCUGCGGAGCUCGAACUCUUCUCUGGGAAAAGAGUACUGCGUCUCCGCAUUGCUCUCUGUAUGCAAAAAUGGUGGAGAUAAAGCAGUGAGCUUGUUGGAGAAGAUGCCAUUGCUGAUGCCAUCGCUGUACUCUCUGCUAUCAGAUGGUUCCAGACAAGGAAGCAAGAAGGCGAGGCUGCUGAACUACAUACAUCAGUUUAAUGACCAGAGAUACUCUCCGGUCUUGGGGGUUCAUGAUUCUGUCGUCCAUGUUCUAUGAUUAUUGCUUGCUCUGAAUCUGGUGAGCAGUAAAUGCUGAAGUAGUAAUAUUCUUUAAUUCAUAUUAGAAGGUAACUUAGUUUAUGCACAUAUUCUCAUUUUCAUGAGGUUUAGCAGAUGUUUGUGUGUGAUCUCAGCUUAGUUUUUGUAAGAGCUGUGAUCCGAUCUUCAGUGAGAGCAGUGUUGCAUGUAUAGUAAAUUCAAUUUUCUCUUCUCCCCACUUUCUCUUUUGACAUUUCCUUUUUUCAGCUGUAGCCAAACACCACCUAUGUUGGAUAACUAGCAUGGCAUGGUUGUUGAUGUAGGAAAACUUGUCAUGAGACUGUAUUGAUAUGAAAAUAUGUCUUGGCCUCUCCAGAUUAUGUCUGCCAUUAAUGUGGAUGAGGGCACAUGCUUUAUAACUA